GUAAUGUUUUCCGUGACGAUCGUGACGAUCACAAGAGUCCAUUCAUUCCAUCUUUUGCCGAUAUAAGUUCGGAUCCUCGCUCUUGAUAAAUUUUCCUGAAACCUUUGCAGCCAUGUCGUAUUUGCACACUAACUGGAGAGAUCUUGAGGUGAGAAUGUGUAAGUUUUGCUCGUUGAAAUUUCUGCUGGCUGGAUCGAUCCGCUUCGCCUCAAUUUUGGCGGGGCUGGCGGACUGUAUGGCUUGGUUGAUCAUGGUGGUGAAUCGUGAUCGAAGUUUUAAAUCGCGAUUUUGUUAAUAACAAUUGUGAUUUAAAGCUGUUUGCGUUGCAUGCGCAUAUUUUUUUAAAAAACUACACCGUACGUCCGGUACGUCUACAUCGUCGUGAGGAGAUGAGACCAUGUUCUUCCUCGUUUUGUUUUGUUCGUUUGUUUGCUUGUUUUUGUUUGUUUUUUUAAGUUAAUAAAAAUCCAUCAACACUGCUGGAAAGAAAACAUCAAAAUUAGUAAAGCUGCCAAGUUUGGAAAUGAUAUCUUGAAAUCUAACCAAGAUAUGGCUCCGCAACUUAACGGGAUUUUACUGGGGCAGGUUUAUGACCCCAUAUUAAAUUACUUAUGCUCGUCCCAGACAUAACAACAAUGGAUUCCUUGUCAAGAGAUAAAAGCCUUUGGAAGGGUCUACUGACCUAAUAUCCCUUGGCGUUUGUAAAAAAAAUUAAGGAACAACUUGACAAAAUCCAUCAAAGACAUAAAACCUCAUAAAAUCAUUCUGUUUAUUUAGGAAAAAAAAUCAAAACUCAUUUUCUCCCCAAAUAGAAAAAUAGAUAUAUAUGUAUAUAUAUGAGAUUCUCAUUCAAACAUAAAAAAUGUGAGUAGCUGCAACAUACUUUGUCCAUUUAAUCUAUAAUACCGACAUGUAAUUUUAAAUGAUAAUCAUACUUACAAAAAAACUUGUCCAGGGGCUCUCCUCGAAAAGCCCUACAAAGUUUGCUGAGAGUUCCUGCCCAAUUAUAUUUUAAUUUUAAGACUGUGUAAUUAUUGUAUGUAAAAAAGGGCAAAUAAAUUGAUUGAUUGAUUGAUUUAUUGGUUGAAAAUAAAUAACAAUAACUAAAUAAAUAAAUAAUAGAAGUAACAAUAAUAAUAGUAAUAUUAAUAAAAAUGGAGCCAUAUUAGGCUGCUUCCUCGUCAAACAGAAACAUGAUAUUCACCUGGAUAGUUAGAAGAGCUUUACAUGUAAAUGCAAUUUUGAUCAAAUCUUAGUCUCAUUACGCUGUCAUGUUAUAUAUUUUUUUUGGUGGGGCGGGCAGAGAGGUUGGGUAGAGGGGUCUCAUUGUGAAAAUGUCCCAGUUAAAAAUAAUGCCUAUCUUUUCUCGUUUUAUAAGGGUAACUUUUCAUUUUCAUAUUUUUCAUUCAUUUGUGGUAGAAUUGAUUGUACCCAUUUUUUCUUGUUUACAUACUGUAUAUCUGAAACAACCAGCCUUUCCCCCUCAAAAAGUCAAAUGAUUGUCCUCAUUGCAGGGGGGUGGGACACGCAAUGCCUUCUUGGUUAGCGUCCAUCAUUUUGUCUUUUUUUUAGACAGAGACUACUUGUCACCGAAAACUUUAUCGGCUCCGCCACAGGCUCCCAAUAAUAAAAUUGAGCUGAUUUUAAAGUGCGCCACUGUAACCCCAAGUGACUCUUUACCGGUAAACACCUGAAAAGAGAUUUCAAGUGGAUUCACAUUUUGAUGCCAAAUACAUUUGAAAUGAAAAUUAUUUAUUUGUUUUAAAGGCUUGGCGAAGUGAAGGAUUACCUCUAAGUACUACAAGUAAUGAAGCAGCAAAAAUGUAUGAUGCUACUUUAACACAGGUUGGUUGGUUUGUGUAUAUCAUUAUAAAAUGACUGAUUUCACUUGAUUUGUAAUACCUUUUUUAAUUUCAUUUAUGUUUGGUUACAUAAAACCAUGAAGAGCAGAAAGCCGAUGAUUUGGAGUCAACAUUUUUAAACAAACACUGUCGAGUGGACAGUGUCAGCCUGCACAUUCCCCUGAGGGUGAGGUGUAGCUUGCAAAUAAAGAUCUCUUUAUGGGAGAGUCAAAUUUGUUAAUUGUUGCAUUAUUAGCAAGCACAUGAAAUUGUGUUUAGCAUGUGAAGCUGGUCCAUUGUCAGCCUGGUUAACACCAAACACUGAAUUUUGAAAAUCUUGACAGGCCUCAAUCUAUUUUACCCAGUCCCCCUCGGUUUCAAACCAGGCUAUGACAUGUGCAGCUCUGUACAGGUUUGUAAAUGCACACAUAUAUUGCUUUCAAUGGUGUGUGCUAUAGGGGUGUUGCCUGGCAAGAAAGUUUGGGACUCAUGGCAUUUGUGUUAGCAUAAUGGAGGGUUUCUGCUUAAUAUAGCUUUGCUGUAUAUUAUUACACCUUGGGUGUACUGUAGAUUGGUAAAGUGCAUGAUACUAAUAAUAUUAAAAACUGAUAAUGUUCGUCUGAUCAUAUUGCAGUACACAGGGUGGUAUGAUGACUCUACUGUUGGUGGUAUUGAGGGAUCAAUUUCUAAGAUGAUCGCAGCUGAUCCAACUUUCGGUGAGUUUAAUUAACAAAGAUCCCAUAUGAUUGCAGUUGUAAAUUGACAGCCGGAGCUCACAACUUGACAAACUGUUUAUUAAGUGUAAUGCUACACUAGCAUUUCUAGUGGCUUUAAAGCGUUACACUGUAAGUUCAUGUACAUGCUGUAAUUGUCAUUAUUACUUAUGUACAUGACUUAAUUUGUAUAACUUUUAUUUAUAGUUUAUUUCAUUUCAUUUUUGAUUUUGACCUCCCAGUCUCCUUGUGUACACUGUACAUGUACAUGUAUGUGGAUCAACCAUAACUUCUACCAUAUUAUAUUUUAUAGUCAUUCAUGAUUAGUUAAGAAAAGACAGCAUCGUGAGAACUUUUAAGUUAAAUAGAGCUUAAUAUUCAGUCAUUUUUCCUCUUGUGGCACUUGUAUAUUAAUCCCAGAAAGAAACAAGAAAAUAAUAUUAGAACUUGAAAGUGUGGAAAAUUGUGUCGGAGUUCCCAACUGUAUCAAAUGCCCACAGGUAUUAACCAUAGAUCUGCUCUUCUGUUACGACCAUUGCAGAAAUGGUGGGGGUGAGGGAGGGGGGGGGAGGGUGCAGGCAGGUUCUGAGUGACUUGUGAUAGACUGCACACCUCUCUUUCCCAUUAUACUUGCCUGACGUGUAACAUGUAGAAAAUUUUUAUAUUAAUUUUAUCUGCAGUCCCAUAUUACCUUUUUUUUUUACCACAUUUACAUGUAUUUCACGGGUAACAAUCAAUAAGUAAUAAUAUUUUUCAGUCAUUCAGUUGAACCUUUUGUUCCAGUUAUGGGCCAUGUACUAUCCUGCGGGUUGGAUCUCAUAUCAUCUGGCAUAGGUAUUCACGUAAAUCAGGAUCUGAAGAGUAGGAUGGAUACACUACAAUCACUUGCCACAGCAGCAAGCAGCAUCACUAAUAGAGAAAAGCUGCAUGUGAGAGCUGUACAGGAGUGGGCUGAAGGGUAGUUUGUUUUUUUUUUUUGCCUUUUGAUUGAACAGUAGACCCCAGAUAACUCGAACCUUCAAGGGAAAUUGAAAAAAAGGUCAAGUUAUUGGGAGCUUGAAGCAAAUAGCCGGAAGUAAGAAAAACAAAACAGUUUUUACUAUACAGUAAACGUUCCAAUCACAUUUUUAUUAUAGAAGUGCCGGGCUCGAAAUUAAUGUUCACAAACUCGGAAAAUGCAAGUGAUUUUGAAAAUCUGUGAGUGAGAAAAAUAUCCAGUUACAAACAUUUGCGAGUUAGAGUCAUCCAUGCCUCCCAACAAUUUAAAAAAGGGAAAGAAUUUGCUAGUGGUCUCACCAGUUUGCUAGAAGAAAGAAUGUUUCUAGCAAAACUUUGCAAGUGUAGUAAAAAGUUAACUUCGAGCGCUGAAAUGUUUUUCAACUUGAUAAUGCACUCCUGCCCAUUAAUUUUUUAAACAGUACUUAAAAAAUACCUGUAAAAUUGCCUGGCAUUACAGGUGAAGGAUCAAUUGACACUUGUAAUCCGUUUUUUGUUUGUUUGUUGUUUUUUUUUUCUUUUAGAAAUACAGCACAGGCAUGUAUAACAUGGGAAGAUAUUUUGGUGGAAAAUCCAACCGACAUGUUUGCACUAAAAAUGGCUCAUGAUUCAUAUUUCUACAUGGGUUACCAAGAGCUCAUCAGAGAUUCCAUUGCCCGUGUACUUCCUCACUGGAAAGAAGGCAUGCCACUUUAUGGGUGAGGUGGUUUUGUAAUUUAUAGACUUACUAGUCUCCCCUGCGACUGUUCUUUGUCUUGUCACACAAUGUGACUAGAUGAAAUGGCUGCAAAGGAGGCUAUGACUUAACUUGACACAGAGAUGCCCAGUGGGGUAGGGACAAACUAGGAGUGCUCCCAGGGGGUUGAGUUAGCCUGCAAAUACAGACGUAUUUCCGGUCGUCCUUUUCAGGUGAAAAGGACGGGUGAAAAGGCGAAGACCGGAAGUAAAGUCUGUGUUCGCAGGCUAACAGCUGACAGGAGGUAGGGUUCAAGAGAUUUUUUGGUAUCCCCUUUAUGCACUGACCUUCAGAAAACAAAUUGAGAAAUAAGAAUCCUAGGGAAAAAAUAUCAAGAAAUGUUCUUCUACCUCUACAUGUGAGAUAUGCAUCAUGCAUUCUGGAUUACUGUAUAAUUUAUUGGGCUCUCUUGGGUGAAUAAUCAAUAAUUUCAAUCAAGUUAGAACCCACCUUGCGAAAAGGCUGGGUAUGCCCCUGUCAACUGGGGUCACAGGUCCCAUGCAACAGAAACUAUAGGGGCGGCAACUACUAUUUUCCUAGUAGUUCUUCUACACGUAUGUACCCCACAAGACACAACAGUUUCUAGGUCACUCCCUGGGCAAAGUAUUAGCUAUAAGAAACAUCAGUUUCGACUAAAUAAACGUUAAAUUUGUCUCAAAUAUACUUUAGUUACUCACAUAGCAGUUGUUUUUUGUCUUUCCUGUUCGUUUUUCUCCCAUAUAUCCCUUGUAAAAGACGAAAAAAAUGCAUCGUUCGAUUCAAACCUGUUCAAACUGACCGCCAGUAUUUGAUUUAGUCUUGGUAACCAAGCCUUUUCUUCAAAUCCCAGGCGCGGGCGCUAAGCAAAAACCGUUAUUUUAGAAAGAAUAAUUCGCUCAGGGAUAUAUAUCGCGAUCCCAUGAUCAGACAACGGUUACGUCCAUGAAAACGGCGUGGUUGUGGAGGCACAGCAAAGAAAUUUACAAAAAAGCGUGAUACACGUUGCAGAGUUGUUAUUUUGCUGAUUAAAGCUAUUGCUUUUUUGACCUUCCCGUUCCCAGUUUCGUAAGGUCCCGUCGCAAAACGUAAUUCGCACCCCGGUUAGUAACGUCUGCAAAGCAGCGUCGUGAUCCUUGUUCUAGUCCCCCAACGGACUCAACGAAUUACCGGAAAUACGUUUCGUUUUUCCUCUCAUUCUGAUUGGCAAUCGACAAACAGACCAACCAUGGCGCAUGCUCAAAUCCUGAUACUCAGAUGGGGGCCUAAAACAAGGAUUCCGGCGCUUUUUCGCAGACGGACUUAGCGAGAGUUUAGUUUUGUGUGUGGCGCAGGCUAAGUAAGACAGGUAAGGGCAGAUUUCCAGGGUCUCGUAGCUUUUACGUUAAUGCGCGACCUUUCAUAAAAUUAUAAUUUCCUCCAUUUUAUUCACCCACGUAAGUUGUACCCGUACAAGCACAUAAAAGCUACACGACAGUGGAAAUGCACCCUUAUUUUUCUCUUAUUUUGUCUUUCUUUGGUUCUCCUUCCCCGGCCUCUUUCACUGGUAUACUGUGGUAUACUGUAUGUAGUUACUUCCCUUCACAAUGAACAGACGUUUUGUAUAAAUGGUUUGUGUUCUACACCACCUUAAUUUAGAUUUUAUUACUCACAGGUAUCUGCAAGGAAUGUAUGCCUUUGGUCUUGUAGAAACAAACUUUUACAAUGAGGCGGAAAAAUAUGCUCUUAAGGUAGAGUUGAAACCCCCAAGGCCCAGUUAUUUAAACGGAGUUUAGCAAGUAUUUAACAAAACUGCGUUCUAAGCCAUUUUCAGUGAUUUGCUUAACGCUUUUACACGAUCUAUCGUGAACAAUUUCAGUAAAACGUAUAGCGUAGACUUUAGUAUGUAGUUCAAACUUUUGAGUCUGUCGAUGAAAUCCUAUGGUAUGACCAUUCAAAUGAAACCUCUUCAGUAGUACUUUCACAUGGUACUAUUUAUUUAGUAUGUAGUUCUAACUUUUGAGUCUGUGAAUGAAAUCCUAUGGUAUGACCAUUCAAAUCAUUGUAAAACGGCUUCAACAGUACUUCACAUGGUACUAUUUAUUUUGUAUGUAGUUCUAACUUUUGAGUCUGUGAAUGAAAUCCUAUGGUAUGACCAUUCGAAUGAACCCCCCCCCAUUAGUAUUACAUUCACACGGUACCAUUUGUUUUGUUUUUUUUCAGCAUUUCGCAAAAUUAAAUGUGGACAAGUGUGUCAAAUUUGACUUCGGUCACUUUCUACUGAUUUAUUACCUUUGUUAAUGCAUUGUAGGCCUUGGAACUGAAUCCAAAGGACUGUUGGAGCACUCAUGCUGAAGCUCAUGUGAUCGAGAUGGAGGGACGACAAGAUGAUGGGAUCAAAUUUCUUAGCAAGACAAUAAAUGACUGGACAGUACGAUGGUUCUUCUUUUUGCAUUUACACUUGUUUAUGAUAAAUAGUUAUUAAGCCUGGUUUUCACCUGCAACGGAGCCAUCGAAGACGUUUCUGGCUACUCUUUGCCGCGAAACGCCGGGGAGAUGUUGCGUACAAAGAGGGACAGAACUGGACUAAAGUCGUAAGUGAUUCAGUAAAAGCAGAGCGCCGAUUCUGUAUACGACUCCGUCACUUUCGAUCUAGCGAAAACUAGACUGUCGAAGUCACAAGCAGAAAGGACAGACAUUGUGAUUGGUUUUAGUAUAUUUGCAAUUCUGUUUAUCCCCCUUCCGGCUACUUUUAUAAGAUCGUAAACGAGGGGGUCAUUUGCGGAGGAAAUUUUUUGAUUCUUGCGUUUUUUUGGGAGCCUUGACAGAAAAUCAAAAAUGGGAGUCAGCAGCCGAACUAUUAUAGUUCGGAUUACGACUCCCAUUUUCGAUUUUCUGUCAGUCCUAAGUGCUCGCACGGCUCAUCCGAUUCCCUUGCUUAAAAAAACCAACCGAAAUAUUAAAAGAAUUAACUCUAUUCCUUAUUGAUAGAAACCAGUUAACAUACUAUCACGAAUUCUUCAAUGGGAUUGGCUGUAACAUGCUUUUUAUUUAAUGGGCAAAUGGACAAGAGAAGUCCUUACGUCACGUUGCCAUGGUAGCAAAACUUUUGGGUCUCAACAAACCGUGGUCCUGCAAAUAUGGCAGAAGCAAACGAAAAAAAUUUGACAAGUAUGACUUUCUUGUGCAUGAUUAAACUCAAGAACAAAGUGGUGGCCAAUACUAUUCUUCCAUCGUUGGUCAAUGGUAAUGGCUGUCUCUGUCAAAAACGAUUGUGGAGAUAGAAAUUUUGCUACCAUGGUAAUGUGACGUCACACUUCGAUUCCCAUUUUCCCUUUCAUCUGAUCAGCAACAGAUUGCACUACACCAUCCGAGUCGCAUGGUAGCCACUGGCUUUCUUUGUUUUUCUUUUAGACUGGAGCAAUGUUAGCUUGUCACAAUUACUGGCACUGGGCUUUAUACCACAUCGAAAAGGUAUAUGCAUUAUUUCGGAUAUAUUAACUGUAGACGGUUGUUUUCGAUGUCAUCUUGUAAGAAAGAAGAUAAGCAUUUAAAAUAAUGUAAUGGUGUUAUUUUUCUUGCCCCAUUCCAUCUCAUGCUCUCUUGCAAGGAAUUUUGCCCCACGUGAAUGUUAAGCUGCAAUUGGCUCUCAAUUACACUCAAGAUACACCACAGAGACACUGUUAAGAGACGAAUGCGCGAAACUCACUUAAAAGCGCGUGUUGGCACGCUAACAAACUGUAAUUUCCAAGUUAUAACAACGUUUGUUUACAAUGUUUUGUUUUUCAGGGUGAAUAUCAGGCGGCGGUAGAUAUAUAUGACGAGGAGGUACAGGACAAUUUUAGCCCGUAAUAGUAGAUAAACAUUCUUUGUUCAAUACGAUAAAAAAGCCUCAUCGACAGGUUUCUCACCCGUAAUUUCUAUUAAUUUUGUUCAUUUUCGUAUUGUUUUUGAAAGCUGAUAUUUCCUUUUGUAUUACAAGCAAAGAGCUAAAAUGCGUAAGAAACUAGUUACAAAAAAUUUAAACGUCGGAGUUGUAGUUCUUGUUUUUAUUAUCUCAUGUUGUGUUUUGCACGAUUUUUUCUUUCUUUACGUCAGUUUUUGUACCAAACUAAACGAGGUUAAAUAGGUAACCUGCAUUGUCAGCAAAGAUUUUCCACUUUACAUGACGUUACAUUACAUUACAUACAUUUUUUUAGCACAUCCCCAUCUAGGUUUUUUCAGUGAUCAAAUAGGAUAACAUGGAGUAAAAAUUAAAUACUGCAGGUAAAACCUAUACACAGAAAUCGAAGAAUUAUAUACAUUUGAAUAGGAUUUAAAUAACUAACUACAAACGAUAUAGCUCAUUAUAUUAUGCAAUACAAAUUAUUCAACUUUAAAAAUUAAAUUAUCGUUGAUAUAAAAAUUCGUUCGGAAGAUGAUUUUUUAAAGCUCUCUUGAAGAAAGCGGGAUUCUUGCAUAAUUUCAAGGUUGAAUCGAGCUUUUUCUAGAUAGAUACCCUUCCAUAAUAAAAGGUUCUCUGUCCUGUUUCAGCUUUAAAAAAAGAGAAAUCUUUAGUUGUUGGAAGUUCCUGGUUGUACGUCCAGAUACGCUGCCUCUUGUAGCGAACAUAGAUGUUAAGUAUUCAGGCGCGUAACCUGUCGUACACUUUGUUUGUUUGUCUGUUUGUUUACGUGUGGUUUUCUUUGAACACUUUAUUUUUCUCAUUGCUGUUUAAGGUUGGCAAGCGCUGUCAUUCCGGGGCCAUGUUGGAUUUGGUGGACGCGUCAUCACUUCUUUACAGACUUCAAAUGGAAGGUUGGUGUUACUGUGGCACACUCACUGCCAUGGCGACAACAGCGAAAACGUGAUUUCUAAUGUGGAGUCUACUCUCGCCUUUUGAUGAAUAGUCCUUUUUAACAGUGAUAUUCUUUAUUUAAUUUAAUUUGUAAGGCUUAUCAAGCCUUUAUCAAGCGGCCAAUUGUCCAUUUCAGUGGUCCAUUACCCUUUUUAUGCAGGCUUGACUUUAGGUGAUAUAAUAAGUGUCCAGAUAGUUUGGUCAUUUUAUGUCAUGACCCUCUAAUACUGUCAUUAGGCGUUGAUGUUGGCAACCGCUGGAAGGAAAUUUAUCACCUCUGGGAGUCACAUACAGAUGAUCAUAUCUUGGUAAGAUCAAUCGUCUGUUUACACUUAUUUUAACCCAUAGAUUCAUGUUCACACGAGCAAAUUUGGACAAAUUUAAUUGCCCUUCUACACCACGCGGCAUUUGUUGUUGUUGUUGUUGUUAGAACUAGUUUCCAUAAUCUCCAGAAAUGACUGUUUUUGUGAACAGUUGACACUUAAGAAUAUGUGACAACCUUUUACAUGCCUAGUCGUAGACACGAUCCAUCCUUUUUUUAGUUAUGGGAAUCUUGGGUGCAUUUGGAACCUAAAAUCUGGGAAAUGUUUCGGAUAUGUGCUCAAGCUCGAGAAAUAUUGUGUGAUUUUUAUUUUCGAGAAGGUCUGUUCGUACCGUGCCCUGUAGGAAUGGGAGGUCUAAGCUACCAAAUGUAUACAAAACAACACCUUGUAACACUCAAAGACAUCUUCGUGACAAACUUAGCCGUCUUGUCCACAAAAAGCGGAAGAGUUUUUAAGAUUGCCAGCCUGUGACGGAUUUUGAUGUACUUUUUCCAGGUUUUUAACGAUGUUCACAUGCUAAUGUGUACACUAGGAGCAAAAAAUGAAGAUGCAACCUUGAAACUUUUAGCGUCACUCAGAGAAUUCGUCAGGUAUAUUUUAUCGUAUUCUUUUAGCUGUCUCUCUUAAAAACCAUCAGGCUGCUAUCUUGAACGUGCCAUCUUGGAUUUACAGUUCAAGAUGCCAUUGUAGUUUGUUCCACCGAUUUUUUGUUUGAUUGACGGUAACUUCGUGUGUAUAAGUGAAUGUCAAGACAUUGUCUUUGAAAGUUAAACUUUCGUUCUGUCGCUUUUUUAUCUAUAGAGAUGGUGCAGGAACAAAUUGUGAGGUAUCGAAAGAGGUCGGUCUCGCCCUCUGCGAAGCUUUCGAACAAGCUGAUAAGGUCAGUCAAAAGUUUUUCAUGUAUUUCUUUGCCCACCGAUUCCCCCUUUUUUGUGAGAAAUCCUAAAGUCAAUGUAAAGGAAGAACCCUGGGUGAAAUUAAACACCGUUCAAUUGGGAUAUCAAGUUACUGCUAUAUUAAAAUUUUAUUAUCCUGUAAAAUUUAUUACAUAAUACCGAUGAUUCUGGAAGCCCAAAGGUUAUAUCUGCAUUGUACUCUUACCUUGGUUUAAUCAAGGUUUUUUUUUUUCUUUUUCAUUUAUUUCUAAGGGAAAUUUCGAUAACGCUGUUGAAAUUCUGAAGCCUAUUCGCUACAAAAUUGUGAAAAUCGGAGGCAGCAAUGCACAGGUAAGAUGAAUAAGCCUAAAUGUGGCGUGUAAUGUUUAAAAGCGUUGAAAAAGAGCUUUUGAUAAAGUUUAAAACACAAAGCGCAGCCCAGACUUUUAGACUUGACGCAUUGAACGGCUUAUUACAAUCCUCUGUAAAAUUUGGCUUGUUUUGACGAAACAAAAUUAGAUAACCAACCACCCAAGGUGGUGGGUUCUAUUCCCGCUGGGGGCUCGGAUUUUUUUCCGAGCAUUUCUUAAUUGUACUUCAUAUUAAAAUUCGAUAAAUAGAAAUAUAUUAAGCAUUUAUUUGUUUUGCAUUUUUUCAAUAAAUUAUCAACGAUUUUUGGAAGAAUAUGUGCUAUCUUAAUUAAGGUUACGCUUCUUUCAUAACUUAGGAGAAGAGAAAACUCUCACCCUUUAAUCUCGUUUCACCCUCAACGGUGUGAAGGCAAUCACAUCGUUUUGCAAUAGCACUGCAUUCAGGUUACAGCAGUGUUGUGGUAGACGCAAUGCAUACCCCGAUAUGUGCUCUUUCACAAUUCAAUUUGUAUUGGAAACAAGACGCUGUUUGAGCGAUAAGUUGAGCAACAAUGCAAAACAAUUUAGACUUGUCUUUAAGACAGAGAGUACUGUAUAUAAGUGUCACCUCUUGCUGUGGAAAUAUGGAGGUGCUUGUUUUGUUUGUGUUUGUUUCGUUUUGUUUGUUUGUUUGUUUGUUUUUUUGGAUGUGGUUUUGUUUUUCGGUUGUUUGUGUUUGUGUUUUUUUCUUGCCUUGUGCAAAAUACGAACUACGUCUCGCGACACGUCUAUAAAUGAAAAGUCAACAGCGUAAUUUGUAAUGACGAUUCUUCUCUUUGCUCGUAGCGAGAUCUGUUUAAUCUGUUCCUGAUUCACGUUGCUCUGAAUUCGACCAGUAAACAACAUCACCAGUUUGUGAGGUAAGAUGACGUUCAUUUAUUUGCUAAGCUGGUAAUUACGCACAUUCUGCAGCGAGAGAGAGUGGACACGACGUAAUUAUAAUUUUUAGAUGCUCGAAAACGCUAAACAUAAAUUAUUACGGCUACGAAAACUUCACAAGUGAAUUCGCGCUGCUUUUAAAAGCUUUAUUGCGCUUAUUUCAUUUCGUUCAGUUUGUCAAAUAUUGACAGUGAAUUCUAAAGGACUGUAUCGAAAUUCAAGAAAUGAAAAAAAAAAAGUCAUUGUAGUUUGUUGACGUCCUCCACAAAACGUGAAAAAAGGCAUUUUCACGUCGUAGUCGUGCAGUGACGGCAAAGAAAUGCACAGAAAAUGCCUGAUGUACGUGCAAAGUUUGUUUUGCUUAUCUAAGGCAUAGGCUAAAAAAUUUAAGUUAAGAUCAUCUGUUGGGUCAGACGUCGAACAUGGGGCGCGUCGAAAUAAUCAAUUGAGUAACCUCAGCAAUAAAUGUUCUAUCGAACGAGGCUAAAUAUACAUCAUCAUACAUACGACCUCUCAUAAGCCCUGUGCAAACGGACGCAACAUUGCUGGCCAACAACUUCCAACAUUGGUGGAUGUUACAUGUUGCGUCCGUUUGCACACCCUGUUACAUGUUGUUGGAUGUUGUUGCGCAAAGUUUGAAACCGGUCAAACUUUUCAGCCAACGACUCCCAACAUUUCUUUUGUUCCGUGAUCGCAACAGUGUUGGAUCCGUCUGCACAGCUCUUCCAACAUUGUUGGGAGUUGUUGCAUCCAUCACUGCCAACACGCACGCAACAACUCCCAACAGUGUUGGCGCAACAAUGUUGGGAGUUGUUGCGUCCGUUUUCACGCAGCCAUAAGUUCUUUAAAAAGUGAGCGAAGCGAGCUUCAAUGCUUGAGGUCGCGCAGUGACCGAGCAAGCGACGAAGUCUCGAGUUGUCUUUAAAAUAGCAUUUAUUCAAAUAACCAACAAGGAAAAAAAAUAAACGACUUUUAGAAAAUCUAUUGCAGAUCGAUGUUUGUCUCGGAGAUGAUCUUCAGCUGUUCUAUCUGUCUGAAGUAGACGGACAGAACGUGUUGGACGACCCAAAUUUGGUUCGUCUCAUAAAAAGUUCCGACGUUUGGCCUAGACCCUAAGGUACAGUUUGUGAAAGUUUUGCGAUCUUGAGAGACAAAAGAUCUGCCCGUUAAGGGAGGUGCCGUAUUUAUGUGGGUUUUGUAAGAAGAGGUUAGAUUGUAUUUUAAAUUUAAAGUGGAGUACAUUUUCGUUUCAAAAAUUUAUUUUUUAGGAGCCUGCUGGCGGAGAGAAAGGCCAUGAAGGAAAACGCGCCCAUGACAGACAGGCUUAUGGCAAAGGCUUUAGCCUUACAUGUGGAGUAACCAACAUAUUUUGUAAAAGGAAAUUGUUAUUAUUAUCGUGCACUUGGAUCACUAAUAAUUUCGCGGCGUUAGCCUGUGUGUAGUCAUCACCUGUUUCCUUGUCUGUGCGCGGGCAAGAGCUUGUUCUACACUGAAAACUCAAGAUUUGUUUGUCUCGUCCAAAAAUAACAAAAACACUGUCCUUAUCGACUGUCAAUAGCUCACCUUCGAUAUUUUAAAAUUCCAACAUGACUCCGAGGCUUAAGGGUCAAAUUGUAAAUUGUUCACGACUCUAUUGUCUUGCAAUUCCCAGAAGAGACUUGAACAUAAAGAAAACCAAACCAAAUAUGGAAAAGUAACCAGAAAGCCUCGGGGUCAUGUUAGAAUGUUAAUAUAACGAACGUGGGCUAUCGAGGACGUCAGUCAAUAUUAAAUCGAAUUUUCUUAAAGGUCUUAAAAGGUGUGUGCUCCUGGUAGCGCGCAAUCACCAUCUAGUUUCAUGCCGGACGAGUCAUGUUAAUAACAAUAAUUCAUUGGUUCUCGUCGACGCCAAAUGAGGAAACCAUAAGACAGUUAAAGGGUUGCUCAGUUUGCACCAAUUAUCAAUAGAAUAAA